UUCUUUCUUCCAUCUUCUCUAUCAGCCGACUGCACGAAGCAAAUUCAAUCAAUUUCUCACUUUUUAUUCCGACGAUUCUAAUGGCAAGCAACCAUUCGGACAGUGACGAGAAUGAUAUAGAAAUUGAAGAAGAUGAUGAAGGGCAGCACUGGAACAGCGACUGGGAAACAUACGACGAUGGUGUUGCUGCUCCAGAUAUGCUCUGUCUUUUUUGUGAAAACAAGUACAUUUCAAGCGACGUUCUCUUUAAUCAUUUGAUUACCGCCCACGAGUUUAAUUUUCAUGAAUACACUAGAGGUCUGGGUUUGGAUUUCUAUAGCUGCUUCAAGUUUAUUAACUAUGUCAGGUCUACGAUUGCAGAUAUCAGAAGUUGGACUAGUGAGGAUAAAAAUCUCAACUUUAAAAGAAUGAAAGAUCUAAUUGAUAACUUGCCUGAAAGAUCAAUUGUCAAAGGAAGUAACUUUCCAUGGGAUGAUGAUAAGUAUUUAACUCCAUUCAUGAAUGAUGAUUCCCUAUUGUAUAACUUUGAACAAAAUCUUGAUGAUGGUGAAAUUGAGGAUGAUGUAAAGAAUUUAAGUGCCUUAGAGAAAAUCUGCAUAGAAGAUGGUAUAGAUAUAGGAUUGGAUCUUGUGGAGAAGCCAAUAAAUUCUAUUGUGGAGAAAACAAAUGGUAAUUCAUCCGGUGGAAGCUCUAAUGGCGAGAAUUUAAGAAGAUCUUUUAAGAUACCAGCAAGUGAGAUAAAGAUAGUUGACAAGAACUAUUUUGGUUCUUACAGUUCAUUUGGGAUUCACAGGGAGAUGUUAAGUGAUAAGGUGAGAACAGAUGCUUAUGAACAGGCUAUCUGCAAAAAUCCUUCUCUUCUAGAGGGUGCAGUUGUUCUUGAUGUAGGGUGUGGGACAGGCAUACUUAGUUUCUUUGCUGCAAAAGCAGGAGCUUCAAAUGUUACCGCAGUUGAUGGAAGUGAGAAAAUGGCAGCUGUUGCAACUCAGAUUGCAAAGGAUAAUGGAUAUAGUGGAAAGGUUAGGGUUCUCCAUAGCAUGAUUGAAGCUCUGGAACAUUCUCAAGCUAUACAGCCGCAAAGUAUUGAUGUGAUAGUUAGUGAAUGGAUGGGAUAUUGCCUACUUUACGAGUCAAUGCUUAGCUCUGUCCUCUUUGCACGUGAUAAAUGGCUCAAGCCUGGAGGUGCCAUUCUCCCUGAUACUGCUACCAUGUUUGCUGCUGGAUUUGGUAGAGGCUGUACUAGUCUUCCAUUUUGGGAAAAUGUGUAUGGUCUCAAUAUGUCUUCCGUUGGCAAAGAACUAGUUGAAGAAGCUUCCCAUUUUCCAAUAGUUGAUGUUGUUGACAGCCGUGAUAUCGUGACUAAUACUGCAGUUCUUCAGGACUUUGACCUCGUAUCUAUGACAGUUGAAGAAAUGGAUUUCACUUCAACAAUUGAACUGGAAGCAAAGGAAGAGAAUUUAGAUGGAAAAUGCUAUGGCAUAGUUGUUUGGUUUGAUACAGGUUUCACCGAUAGAUUCUGCAAAGAAACUCCAACUGUUUUAUCAACAUCUCCAUACAUUCAAAAGACUCACUGGUCUCAAACCAUCUUGACCUUCCGUGAGCCAAUCACAUUGGGCUCGGGAAAGGUAAAGAAUAUGGAAGAAUCAGUAAUAGUCGGAAGCGAUGCUUGUCCAGCUUCUAAAAUUCGUUCACGAAUUAGUAUUGUUCGGGGUGGUGCACAUCGUAGUAUUGAUAUUUCAUUGGAGAAUGUGGCAAUAAGCCACGAUGGUCGAAAAAGGACUUUGCCAGUGCAAAUGUUUGCUUUAGAUUAGCUGGUUUUGAAUGUUUGCAUUAAGUUUUAGCUAUUUUUAGUGGAUUUUGUUGGUUGGAUAGUCUUGGGAUAUUUUUUUAUGCUUUUGGGAAACAGUUAUUUUGUUGUAUUUCCAUUGGAAAAUUGUUAUAACAUUGUUUUCUUUAAUUUUA